AUGGGCGUGGCCUUGAUUGUCGGCAUCUUCGUCACCACCUUCCGCCUGAUGGACCCGGUCAACUUCGGCGGCAUCAACCUCUGCUUCAUCCAGGACACCGCCUUCUACCCCCUUCUGGCGGUCAUCCUCCUGGCCAUUAUCCCGCUUGUGGUGUUGAGCAUCCUCUCGCGCAAAAUCAGCCACCGCUACUUCGGCGAGUAUCGCAUGCUCCUUGUUCAGAUGAGUCUCGUCGUCAUGGCGUACAUCUUGGAUUUGGUCUUCUCGGUUCUCAACUGGCACUACACUCUCUGGGGCCGGGUCAUCCUCUCGGUGGCCGUGCCGGCUGCCAUGUUGAUCGCCAACCUCCUGCAGGUUGCCCACCUCGUGUACUUCCACAUCACCGAUCGUGACAAUUACCUCGAGAAGUUCCUCGAGUCUAUGAAGCUCAACAUGGGCUCCAGUGGGAGCAGCGGCAAUCUGGGCAAGGGCUUCUCCGCGUCCAACACCGUGUCCAUGUCCGGCACCGGUGGCGACAUGACAUCCACCGGUGGGACCGGCACUGGCACCACUUCCAGCGGCGCUGGCAACAGUGGCCCCCAUUGCAGUCCCCAGCUGUCCAGCAUGACAGUCAGCACGUCCAUCGGUGAUUUCAGCCCCCUCGUGUCGGCCGACGACCCCUCCGGGGCGGACUACCCCGACAAGUUUGGGCACUACCCUUCCAAGCCGAUGGUGGCCGGGAAAGACAUCGAGCUCGGGGUCAUGAGCAGCACUGCCCCGUCGGCGGACCCUCUUAAGGCUGAGGUGGCCGUUCAGGUCCCUGCUGAGCAUGGGCCGGAAUCCGGGUCAGAGUCCAAGUCGGAAUCUGAGUCCAAGUCGGAGUCAGAGUCGGAGUCGGAGUCGGAGCCUGAGCCUGAGCUGGAGCCGGAAUCCGGGCCUGAACCGGAGCCGGAGCCGGAGUCGGAGCCGGAGCCGGAACCAGUCUCCCCGGCCAUGUGCUCUGCCCCGUCGAUUGCCGCAGACGAGCAGGAUGCUGGUGCCUCUUCCUGCAGCAGCAGCAGCAGCAGCAGCAGCAGCAGCGACGAUGGCGCUGAUACAGGGGCAAAUCCUGACAGGGGAGCAUCCGAUACCGAUGGGUCCAACGACUCACUCGCCUCGCCGAGUCCCCCAGCACUUGUUUCUUUUGUUUGAAUGGGCCAGGAAGGAGCGCCGUUCGGCGCGCAUGCCUAUAUCCCCAGCUCUCCCCCGGGCACACUGAUAUAUUUUCUUUCCGUUUG